AUGGCUCGCGCCCGCGGUUGCCUGCCCGCGGCGCUGCUGGUGGCUGCCGCCCUCUGCUUGACCGCACCGGCAUUCGUGGCACCGCCGCGCGCGGCGCCCCUGCUUGACUCGCGCGUCUUCGCGGCGACGGCGGCGGGCCUAACGCCCCUCGCGCUGGAGCAGCCGGCGGGCGCCUACGACAGCGUGGUGGCGAUGCUGCAGAGCUGGCUGGUGGGCGGCACGGUGCUCACCAUCAUCAUCGCCGCGGCCCUGGUGGCCGCCACGGCGAACCCGCUGUCGAAGCGGCGCGCGGCGGUGGCGGCGCAGGUGGAGGGGAAGAAGUGA